GUUAGAAGUUAGAACAAAUUAUAAUCAGAUCUAUGCUUAUAAAAACAUAACAUUACACUUUAAUUCUCCACGAAUCAUAUUUUCUCUCUGAUUUUGUCGAAUAAAAAUUCGACAAUGGAUACUGAAUUAAUGAAACUCGAUGUUCAUGUAACCGCUUGGUCUCGUACUCCAUCAUCGUCAGGUUUCUUAAACUCGGUAAUGAUCAGUCGAGACAGAGACUUCGAGGAAUUUAUCAUAAACGACAGGGAUGGUAGCGUCACGAGUCUCGGAUCUUACCAGAAUCCUUCUCGAGGUCCCGACCCACUAAUCUUUCUAGACUUCAGAAACUUCGAACCAAACUACGUCUAUCAACUUCUCCUAAGCCAAUUCCACGAUCAUGUCUUGUCCGAACAUAUAGCUGAUCAGAUUGUCCAAGCCAAACGGGAUAAGAAGUCAAAAAUCUGACUUGCCACAAGAACCUUUAUUCAUGAUGGUCUCCGUCAAGUUGACACAGAAGGGAUACACUUUCGGGACUUGUAACUCUCCUACCUCGACAACAGAUUUGGACCAAGAGAGCGAAGAAGAAGAAUAGGAAUCUAAUUGAAUUCGCAUUUGUUUCAUGAAGAAUGUGUCGUACGUUACUU